UCAAAGCUCUUUACCGCCGCAAUCUCACUGUCAAUCGCUCUCUAUCUCUUUCUCUCUCUCUCUCUUCUCUUUCAGAACUUUUGUCAGAGCUACCGGAGUCUGCUCGCUGCAGUAAUGAAUGUAAACGGUUUCCAAUCUUCGAGAAAGAAGCAAAGUAAUGCGUCGAAAUCUGUCUCUCUUCCUGAAGAGCAGGACUGCUUCGGAGGGGAACGUCUUGCUCGUUUGCUCGAAUUAAUCAGGAGGGGUAUCGAGUCAGGAAGACAUUUAGAUGUAAACUCUUUGCCUGAAAAAAUGUGGCUGAAGCAACAAUUUGCAAUUGGAGUCAAUGACGUGACUCGUGUGCUUGAAAGAAUGGGACCAUGCGUUGGUAUGGGCAGAAGCUCUCCUCAAAACUCUUUUCGCAGCAGCCGGAAAGCUCCUCCGGUUCAACUUCAGGUAAUACUGGUUGCUGCGGAUUGCAAUCCACAGUGGCUAACAAAGCAUUUGCCUACCUUGGCCUCAUCAAGAAAGGUACCGGUAAUCUUUCUCAGGGAUAAUAAGGAGGGGUCUUUAAGAUUAGGUGAACUUGUCAAGCUUAAAACGGCCAUUGUUAUUGGAGUGAAGGCUAGAGGAAAUGCCAUCAAUCAGCUUCUUGAGGACAUUCUUCAUGGCAAUGAAGCCGGUGUAGUGAAGGACAAUGUCAAGAUAUGAGAGAUGUCUGUUGCUUCAUAUGCAUUAACAGCAAAA